GGCGGACGGACAGAAUGGCGACCCAGUGCCGGAGCUCCAGAUGCACGACCGAAAGAAAAGGAUUCCGGCGGGAACUCGACUCAUGGCGACACAAACUCAUCCACUGUGUCGGGUUUGAAAGUAUACUGGAGGGAAUAUAUGGACCAAGGCUGCUGCAAGAUCUCAAUAUAUUUGAUGAGUGUGAACCAGAGGAUGUGGAUGAUUGGUCCAUUAAUGCAAACUGCUCUUUUUGCAACCUGCAGCUAGAGAAACCGAAUGUGAGUCAACCCUCAAAAGCCACAAAAAAGAGCCACCCUGCUGUGGCCGUGCCUGGCUCGCCACCCCCUGCUGAAACCCCCCCACCUCAUGGCCUGUCCACCUCUGAUAAACUCCAGUGCCAAGCAGACCGAUUCCUCAAUGCUAUUUUUCGUAAGAAGGGUUUGCAGAAAGUUGGAGGAAAACGAUGCUUAAUGCAAUAAAAUGCAGCUUACCAUUAAACUCUGUAGAGCAGUGUUUC